UCGCUGUUCUUCUGUAGCAUGAUCUCUGUGCCAGUGACGAGACAUCAUCGAACCAGACGAUGGAAGCCGCAGCUUCUAUUGUUGGCAUUGUGUCGUUUGGUUUAGGCCUGGCGAAAAGCCUUCAGACAUUCGUCGAGACCGUUAUUGAGGCCGAGGAGACUAUAGUCCUCAUUGUGUCAGAAGUCCAUGCCACGGCAUCAACCUUGAAACGGCUUCAGGACUUCAUUGAACAAGAUAAAUCAGCCGGCAAGGAGCAGCAUCGAGCCACGGUACUCAACGACACGGGUCUCAAGGAGAUCGGGGUGUGUGCUUCCCAAUGCCAAAGAAUCUAUGUGCAGAUCAUUGUCCUCAUUGAGAAGGCAAGCAUACAGAAUGGCGAAGAUGGGAGCAAAGGUAAAGGGCCCCAGACCUCUGCUGCAGAUGACCCAAACGCGACUGCGCUACGUCUGGACGUCUUUAGCAAGAAUGUGACCAAGCUUGGGCGAAAGAUGAGGUGGCCCUGGCUCGAGCCGCGGAUCAAACGAUGCCAGGAGCACCUCGGGCGGCUCAAGGUCAGCUUGAUGCUUAGUCUCCAGGUCUUCCUGAUAGCUGAAAGCCGUUCUCGCCCUUUGAUUGCCUGGGUUUCAGAUACAAACGAUGAGGACGGACUGAGGGAUCGAGCUGAGGCUCUGCGCAAGAAAAUGACAGAGCUGCACGGCAAACAGAACCAACCAAAGCCACCCAAGAUGCAGCCGCCCGGCCUCGGGGAUGGAGUCAGGGUGCUGUCCGUCGUGAGCAGCAUGACAAGUGAAGCCCCGUACUUCUCAGGAUAUUCAGGAGUCACGUCAAGCAGCAACGAAUCAAUGGGUGACGGCCAUUCAUCCCCGAGCUAUUACUCCUUGGGUUCCGACCGCCCACGCCGGCGACGCAGAUCACGAGGAUUCAGAACCGUGAGAGCUUUGCGUACUUUCAAAGCGCACGUUCGUAAAAGAACGGAACGCAGAUCAGUCUUCAAAAAGGAUUCUACGAGUGCAAUCUUUGCAGCUUACCUCGUUGAUUCUAGGAUAAGGAGGCCGCUGGGACACGGUGGAACCACCCCAUUCGCACCGUCCAUGAAAUUACCCUUUGGCCACCGCAGACUUACCCAGGAGAUAAAGCGGGCCCUGAGAAAAUGCAAUCCAUGGGAUGUCCUUCUCAAAUUGAGUCCUGCCCACCGAGAUAUGAUCAACCAAGUAGUACAGCAAAUCGAAGCGGCUACCAGCAACAUGAGCGUCUGUUUGGUUGCCGUCGACCUCGACGGCUACGUCGAUGGCAGCGUCUCUGACCUUGGCAUGAAAUUUACUGACUUGAGUUGGGAAAGAAUGGUUCUCUUCUUCCGCUUUGAGCCUGUAUAUUCCGAACAAGAUCCGGCUGAGCCCUGGCUACGCGCGAUUUCAGGACCCUCUCGCUUCUUAUCGUUAUUUGACAAUGUAUUCCAAAGCAGUCUGCGUACUAACACGAACCGAAAGAAGUUGCAAGCGAGGAUCAACUGGGAGAAAGAUGAAAGGAAAAGGGAAGAGGCCAAGACCAAAGCUGACAAAGAGAUUCUUGAGAAAAGUAAAGCAGAAGUGGAGGAAAACAUGCAAGCGGUGGAAGUUGAGAAGGACCGGAUAAGAGAGGAGAAGAGAGAUUUGGAGGCAGAGAGGACCCGAAUAGCUGAGGAAAAAGAGUCCGUUGAAAGUAGGAAUCGGGCACUCAGGGACGCCGAGUUAGCUGUCUUGGAAAGCAUCCGAGGGGGCACUGCUGGAAAGGAUCUUGAGAGGAUGUUCGAGGAAGAGCGCGCUAGAAGUUUGCGUGAGGGUGAAAGGGCCAUGAAGACGACCAAAAAUGAACUUGCACGCAGGCGAUUGGAAGAAGAGCAUGCUAAGAAGGCAAAGGCAGAGAAGGCAGAAGCAGAGAAGGCAGCGAUGGAACAAGAGAGGGCAGCAGCGGAGAGGGCGAAGCCACCAGUCAAGUUCAAAGAUGCCGUCGGCAGGAAAUUUACAUUUCCUUUCCAUCUCGUUAAGACCUGGAAGGGUAUGGAGGAUCUCAUCAAGCAAUCGUUCCUGCAAGUGGAAGGGAUCGGCCCGCACGUGCAAGAGGGACAAUAUGACUUGGUGGACUCUGAGGAACAGAUCAUUCUCCCCUCUGCCUGGGCCGAAAGUGUCAAGCCAGGCGCGUCUAUAAGCAUGCGUAUGUGGCCGGUAGAGCCACCACUGACUACGCGGGGCAACCAGUAUAUGCACCCGCGACAAGGAGAGCCCUUUGAAAUGCCGCGUCCGCGUGGCUACGAUUCCGCUUACCCCCAUGCGGGCCAUACCCACAAUAUUUCCGGUCUGAGUGGCACAUGGAGUUCUCCUGACGCAUGGGCACCUGUCGGCGGAAGUGUCCCGCCAGUGAUAGCGCCCCCGCCUCUCGGCGGCUACCUUGGAAGAGCACAUGCACCUUUUGGAGGCGCGCGGCCGCCGCCGCCGAGGGUUGAAGAGCUACGGCCGCCCAUGGUGGACAUCAUCGAUGGCGGUCGUCCGUUGAAGGACAAAAAAGGAAAGAGGAGGAAGAAGAAGAAGCCCACAUUCUUAGGCGGAACCUUCAGACGUAUGCGGAAAAGCUUGGGCCCAAAAAAGCCGGUCAACGUCGAGCCUCGGGUGGAUCCAAGGGCUAAGAAGAGCACUCGUGAAGACGAGCGUGUGGUAGUGGAGGAGUUCAGCCAUACCGACGACCUGGCGGAGGAGAUCGAUAAAGAGCUGGGCCUGGAUGAUCUGGACGUCUCGGAGAAAAUUGCUUCAAAGGAAAUCGAUGAGCUCCUUCAGGCCUGGACGAACGCUGAGCGAGACGGGAACCAGGAGCACGCCUCAUCCUCUUCCAGUGAGAGACUAUCCGGGCGAUACCAACGCGAUUGAUCAUUGAACUCCAAAUGGAGCUUUUCAUAUUCACUGCACCUCUGUUCGCUAUCCAAGCUAUUGACGGUCGUCUCCGAGAUUCAGAUUGUAGUAGGGAAGUUGUGAGUGAUGGAGGCCCAGGUAUAUGGAGUAUAGUGAUGGUGUUGGGUGAUAGUGGUAUGGCCAC